CUGAUAAGUAACGAAUAAUUCUUCUCUAUUCUGCAAUGGAUUAUAUGACACUAACGUCUUUUCUCAUCAUCCAUAUUGCUUUUUAUUUUUCUAUUAAAUUUUCUAUUCCUAGCGCGUGAAAUACCUGUCGUGGUGAAUUUCAUAAUUUGAAACUCGAGCGUCGCAGAAACUACAUUACUCGUGGAGCGACCUAGUAGUUUUGGCCAGCCUUGACAGUGAACUUGCGUCUGGUCAGAGUGGGCCUAUUCUACUGAACCGAGCGCGUCAUCGCGCCUGCACAGAGUUUACCUUCCGUGCAUUUAGAUUUUUCGAUCAUUUGAAUAUACGUUCCUUCCUUAGUUCUCUUACGCUUCUCUUUGCACACGGUUAGCAAGUAUCUAUAUAUUUUCUUCUAUUCUUUCGUCUUUUGAUUGAUCGACGUACGAUGGCGAUUUUCAUGCAGUAAAAUUUUGUUAUCAUUUCGUACAUAUUACAAUGGAAGUUUCUUUGAAAACGAACGUCGCCGUUAAUCUCUAUCUUUUUCUAAAAAUUCUACAAAUUUUCUAUUUUCACAGUAACGUUAUAAAUAGCUCCUAGUACAAAUUACGACAAAAUAAAUUCUUGUAGAGUGGUGAUCGAAAUCUCGUAGCAACGAGGGAUCUUUGCUAAUAGUAGCUCCUAUAGUAAAAUAUAAAAUACGCGAUUACUAUGUAGAAUAUAUAGAAUGAACGUAAUUAAUAUUUCUAAAUUAUAAACCACAGGAAAUCGUAAUCACGCGUCAGACAAUAAUCCUAAUAUUUAUUCGAGAUCCUGACUCCUCGUUCCACGCAAGACCCUGCUGUGGUCAUUUCUUUCGAUUCGGAAAAUUAAUUCGGUCGUUGAUUGUAUACAUCGGCAACAAUUUGUCGAAGUGCCAGCCAGGUGUCUUAUAUGGUCAGGACCGCUCUUUAAUGGUCGAAACUGGCCAUCAUCCAACGUCGUUGAUUAGGCGUACCGUAGCACUGUCAUCUUCCUAACACUUGCCUCGAAUCCUCAGUCUCCUCCGUGCAUCAGCGAUAGGAACUUCAAAAUUUAUUCGAAACUGCAAACUUCUCACGAACGUUAGAAUUUUGCACGAUGAGUGACUCCGACGAAGAAUCGUUCAGCGACAAAGUAGCGAUGUUCGACCAAUACGCGAACAAGCACAAAGACAAGCAGAGCAAAAAUCCGUUCACGUCCGGCUCGAAUAUCGAAAAAAGGAAAUUCUCGAAAGAAGAAUACGGCAGACCAGAAGCUGGCUCCUUGACAGAUAUUCGUGGUCGCAAAGCCACGGCGCACAUCCUCAAAGAGGUGCUCGAACUUUGCGAGAUUAUUCAUCAAGAGGGCACGCCGUGUCGCGAUCGACCAGAAAUCAUCGCAAUCACGUUUGGCGACCUAUUCAACAUUUACACCCACAUCAGCGACAAAUGCGUAGGACUACUGUUGAGAGCCAGGAAACAGAAGCUCGUGGACUUUGAAGGAGAAGUACUGUUUCAGAGACGAGACGACGACGUACCCAUCUACCUGGUGAAGCCCAUCAACGAAAUCCGGGAAAUGUUCAAACAGCGGCUAAAAGAAAUUGCACAGGAGACGCCCAUAAGCUAACAAUCGUCUUCGUCGUUCGGCGAAUAAAUUCCAUGGUGAAGAGUCCCUGCUGCAACUCUGUGUUACCCAACGUUAUCCUGUAUUUAUUUACGACACAGCCGUUGAAGCAACGCGAACGGCCAUUGUAUAGUUUGUAAUUUUUAUUCGAAGUGUACGUGAGACGAACGAGUGGUUGAAGUCGAAGAAUGAGAUGAUGAUGUAGAUCGAUGAAGGACAAAUAUGUGCAAUGUGAUAUUUCCAUAGAAUUAUUAGGAAUAAAGAUUCUUUUCUAGCAAAGAUUUCCUCGGUAUUUCUCUCUCCCUCUGUCAAUCUUAACCGUCUCGAACGAUUAUACUAAACAAUUGUCAUGACCAAACCAAAAUCUCGAAAAUAAACUGGCGAAUCUUGAGAAUCGUAGAUAAAGAAGUUUCACAAUAUUUGGACGCAAACAUCCGUACAGAGAUUGCACUCUAAGAAUCCGGGAAAAUUACCGAAGAGUAGCGUCGGUUUAGAGCGUCUCCGUUCGACACACUGUCGAUUGUCCUGGCAAAUCCAAUUUCUUCGCCAUUUGCUGAAAAGAAGCGGGAUCAGCGUAGACCAUUCGCUCCGUUACUUCCAAACCUUUAUUCGUACAGAGCUGUUCACGUACAACAUUAAAAAUAACGCAAGGCUUGCCGCCGUUUUCAGAAGAAUACAACGAAAUUUCUCGACGUGUACUGCGACCUCGAGCGAGAACGAUUAGGCAACGUCCUUUCGUGUAACAAUGGACCAAAACGACGUCCGUUUCGCUGGCAUACCACCGUUGUCUUUUCCUUUCUUCUUUGAAGAAAUUGCGAUUGGCUCUAUUUCUUUGAAGUAGAGUCCAUCGUCAAUUCUCUUGUUAUAUUCGUCUUUCCAUAAUUACCGCGAUAAUAUGCUAAACUUACUAAAUUUGACAAGAUAACUAUCGUUUCUUAUUAAAAAUUUCCUAAAACUUUGCGUAAAGCUUCAAUCAGUGGUUUAGAAGAUAGUUUGAAAAAUUGGGAGAUGUGACGAUACGUGGAAAAUAGAUGUCAAAAGGCAGAGAACGCGGGAGAGCAUCUUAGAAACGAGCUUAGACGAUGGAAAAACUUGAGAUCAAAAGUGUCACAGUUUGCGGAAAACGACAUCGUUGCGCGUUCCAACGUUCUCGUUUACGGAUGACUCAGUGGUUGAUUGGGUCAUCGGUUUGCUGUGGAUCGGUGCGGUCGUCCAAUUCGAACACGCGUUUGAAAAUUACGCUAUCGAGGAAAAAUGCGCAGCUACUUAGCCUUAACACGCUAAACGUUUUAUGUACGUAAACUUUCGUCUUUUGUUCGUAUACUGGGGCGCGUAUUCCGCGUUUACGCGCUAAAUGGAAGGCAAAGCGAAAUUAACUGCGCGUUUAACGCGUCAAAGGCGAAUUUUCGAAGAUAUCUAAUUAUUGCCACGUUAUUACGUAAUUUAUUAGCAGCUAACAGUGUGUAAUAUUUGGACGAUUUCUAGACCAACGAUACACGAUGCCUGUUGCUCGUUAAUUCGAAAAUCAGACGUUUAAACUUUAAAUUCUAAAGAUAACGAACUUUUUUAUCAGAAUGUAGCUUAGCCAGCGGGAUUGUUAGUUCUUUGUAGGAUGUCGAGUAAAAAAUCUUGCCAACAAGCCACGAGUCAUUGUGUUCCUGGCACAGACAGCGAAAGUAACCGAAUCGAAUUCCUCGUUACGUUCGUGUUCUCGCCAAGAUUCGUAGGAAUCGACUGAUCGUUUCAUCGAACCGUCUGAUAUAUUAGCUACGAGCAAGGGUCUCAAGCAAGAAGAAACAAGAACAGAACGAAAACGGACGAAAGGAAGCGAGAGUAACUCGUCGGGUGGCAACAUCUUCCAUCGAUAUCGACGAUAAGAAACAGGAAGCAGAUGAAGAGAAAAAAGGAAUCCAGGUAAAAGAAAGAUAAUUUCUUUGUUUUUUUUUUCUCUCCUAACAAUCAGAAAUAUUCACAGGCAGUUAAUUCCAUCUUAAUAUUAAACCAAAUAAACUCGAAAGAAGAAAAAGAAAAUCAGGAAACGAAGCUGAGAAAGAAAAAGCACAGGGGAUCCGGGUUUUCUUCGUUUCUGUCGAUUCGAAUCCUUCUCGCUCGAGAGGCGUCCGUUCGAUUGUCCGAGAGGUCGCUCGGGUCAGCGACUGUCUGUGCGCUUUCUUCACGAAGAAAAAUAUAUGUAUAUAUAUAUUUAAUGUCUCUUAAUCAUAAUAUAUAUAUAAUAAUAAUAAUCAAUUUCUCUCUAAAUAUCGCGCGUGACAACGUAUCCUUUCAUUACUCUUUUUAUGUACAAUAAUUAUAUCUCGCGAGCUUCAUCGAUUUUUUUCCUUCUUUUUUUUUCUGUGUGUGUUUUGUGUAUGUUUUAACAUCGUUAUUAUUAACAAUUCUUCUUAAAUUCUUCUCUCUAGUGGCGUAAGUUUCGUGAGCGUCAGGAGGCUUCCGCGAUCGUUACACCCUCCGAGUGGGUGGCACCGAUCCAUCGUCGUUUUAAUGGAAACGACGACCGUUACGCCGGAAGCCUCCGUUGAAAGUUACGUCACCGAUCAGGAUAUACCAUUUUUAUUACUUUCACUCGUCCUAAAAACGUGUACCACACGAUCCAACGACAAAAGGGAGGUAACGCAUCGUCGAUUCUCACUGCUUUUCCACCGCGUUUCCGCCACCGGUUGUCGCCUUCGUCUUUAUUUGUUACCCUCCAACGCCAUUGCGAAUUCCAUCCUGGAGCCGAGCUUCGACAGAAUUUUCAACGACGAAGUCCCUUCUGUAACUUUCGACGAUCGACGUUCCGGUUUUCCUCACCUCGAUCGCUGUGUCUCUCGCGGAAAAUCGCUCGAGCAUGUUCCUCGAGGUACGACAAUUGGAGCGGAAAGAACUGUGAACUCGGUGAUGUUGACAACGACGUCCUCGGUGGCUGAGAACUAGAAUCAUCGUGACGAUCAUCAUCGCGGAAACGCGUGUUUCAUCGCGUUUCAAGCGUUCUGCUAGACGUUCGACGGUGUCCGUUGGAGCGUUUCGUGGUUAUUGGAGUAUUUUUCAGAUAGGAACCUUGAAUACAUUUCAAGGGAAAAAGUCUUUCCAGGAUGAUGCACAGGUGUGUCUCUUUUCAGUAGAAAAUAUAGAGUGUCUUUAAGGAUAGCGAUAAGAAGACACGAUUAGAGAAAAGAAACGCGUGGAAGUUAUGAAAGAGAUAGAGAGAGAGAGAGAGAGAGAGAAAGAGAGAGAGAGAAAGAGAGACAGAGAAAGAGAGACAGAGAGAAAAAGGAUCGAGAAAGAAGAAGGAAUGGAUAGAAGAAAAAAAGAAGCCAGAAGAAGAGAGAAAGAAGAAGAAAAGGAAAAGAAGAAAGUUGUUCGUAAAGAGAAUGAGCUAGAAAUGUGAAAUAAAUGGAUCCGGUAAUAAGUUCCUUACUCAGUUUAAAAAAAGAAAGAUAUCAAUAAUUCUGCAGUUAGUUUGCUAAUUAAUCGAAGAAAACAUAGCUUCUUUAAAGAUAAAAAACUCUACCAGCUAACACUACAAUAAAUUCUACCGACGUUAAAGAAGUUAUAGAAUUAAUGAUAACGAGAAGUCGAUGGUUAUACCAUUCGAUCGUUACGCGACUCUAAAAAAAAAAGAAACAA